AUGAAGAGAGUGGAAAAUAUUUGUCCUAAUUUGCUGGCCGUGCCGUACAGCUUUGCCUACGGUGUGAACGCUGGAGACACAGGGGAUCGGAAAGAGCACAAGGAAACCGUUUCGCCCUCUGGUCUGACAGAAGGAGAGUACAGGUGGCUCCAACCAAAUGGGUUAUACAGGGUGAUUCGCUACACCGUUGACGGCACGUCUGGAUACCAAGCAGUUGUCAGUGAAGAACCAAGAGAGGAUGUUGCUACUUAUUAUACCAACAGCUUACAAGAAUCUGGAUCUUCACAAGGCAGUCUCAGCAACUUUGGAAAUCAACAGUCUUUUAACAGUUUCCAGGCUGGAAAUCAAAGAUUUGGGGCCACAAGCACCUCUGGAAAUCAACAGUCAUUGGCCAGCUUUCAGAGUGGUAGCCAGAGAUUCGCGAAUGUCCAAGGUGGUGCUAACAGUCAAGGAAAUCAACAGUUAUUAACCAGUUUCCAGAGUGGUGGACAGAGAUUUGUGAGCUCCUUAGGUGGUGCUAAUAUUCAAGGAACUCAACGCCUUGACACUUCCAAGAGUACCAAAGAUUGGGCAACUCCCCAAGGUAGUGCUAAUAUUCAAGGAAAGCAACAGCCAUUGACCAGCUUCCAGAGUGGUAGUCAAAGAUUUGGGAACUCCCAAGGAAGUGCUAAUAUUCAAGGAAAGCAACAGCCAUUGACCAGAUUCCAGAGUGGUAGUCAAAGAUUUGGUAACUCCCAAGGUAGUGCUAAUAUUCAAGGAAAGCAACAGCCAUUGACCAGCUUCCAGAGUGGUAGUCAAAGAUUUGGGAACUCCCAAGGUAGUGCUAAUAUUCAAGGAAAGCAACAGCCAUUGACCAGCUUCCAGAGUGGUAGCCAAAGACAUGGAAACACCCAAGGAGUUGCUAAUAAUCAAGCAAAUCAACAGAUAUUAACCAGCUUCCAGGGUAAUGACCAAAGAUUCGAGAAUUCCCAAGGUAGUGCUAACAGUCAAGGAAAUCAACAGUCAUUGACCAGCUUCCAGAGUGGUAGCCAGAGAUUUGGGAACUCCCAAAGAGGUGCUAACCGUCAAGGAAUCCAGCAGUCACUUAACAACCUCCAGACAAAAAGCCAAAGAUAUGGAAACAGCAGAGAUUCUUCACUCCAAGGUUCUAGCAACACACAGAUUCAGAACCAAAAUCAGAAUCAAGGUAUUGCUGGCCAACAAAACGAAACCCUUGAAGGUCAACAAACUUUUGGAAACCGAGACGUGAGCAGUUCACAGAACUUCCAGACCCAAGGUUUGAGCAGCUCUCAAAAACCACAAAACCAAGCCUCCAACAACUUCCAGAAUUCACAGACUCUUGGAUUAAGUAACUUGCAAAGCCUCCAAAAUCAAGGAUUUGAUGCAGAACAGAGUCCUCAAGGCCAAUCAUUCAACAGUGCUCAGAAUUUCCAAAACCAAGAAUUAAGUGAUGUCCAGAACUUCCAGAACCAAGAGUUCAGUAAUUUGCAAGAUAAUCCAAACUCUGGUUUUGAUGGAGAUAUUAAUUCUCAGACCCAGAGUCAAGCAUUUGGUAGAGGAACGCAAAACUUGGGGGCUAGCAACUCUCAAAACAUCCAGGGACAAGGCUUCAACAGCCAACAGAAUCUUCAAAACCAAGACUUUCGUGAAAACCAAAAUUUCCUGAACACAGACUCCACUCUUUCUCAAACAACCUUCAAUCAAGACUCCAACAGAGGUUCAGCACUUGUUAACGGAAAAAAUUGCCUAGACAAAGGGCUUGGUGAUGCAGUACACUCUUCCCAAGCUCAAGAUUUCACCGGAUCUCAGAAUUUCCAAGAUCAAGGCUUUGGAGGCAACGUAAGCUUUGGUGGAGAAAUCACUAACAGUGGAGUUGUAGACACAUUAUCCUCUUCUGUUGGGUCUGGAGGAGAGUUGUCGUCCGGAGUUACUGUCAAUUCUGAUUCUACCAGUUUUGAUAACACACAAUACACAAAUGGUAGUAAUGACAGGGGUGUGUCUGUUGUGUUAGCUAGUCAUAACCACAGUUUCAAGAACUGAUCAAACUCUCUCCACCCACUUGCUUUCUAACCCACUCUCAUUGUGAUAUCUUAGUUUUAAUGAAUUUGAUGUAUCCAAUAAGACAAUUAUUUGUUACUUGCUUGACUUGCAGUUAAUAAAAAUCGCCAUACGACAACUUGUACUUGAUUUACCUUUAUCAAAUCUGUUGCAAGCAAAAAUGCUUUAUAAACUGAUUGUGAUAUCAUCUGUCGUUGGCCUAUAUAAUGGCAGAGUUUGAGCUAAAGCAAUACGGUUUGUCCAUAAUUUAGCAAAAUCUAGACUCAGUAAUUGCUGACAGAUACCGCUGGGUUACUCAGAUAAAUCAUCUACUACUGUAACAAGAUUUCAGAAGCCGCAUGUGAUUGGUUAUGGCACAUUUGUUAUAACAAUUAAGUGGGUUGAAAAACCUCUCAAAGGCUGUGAAAAAUAGUAAUUGUGUAUGAUAUUAAUCUUUCUUAACAGUAUUUCGAAUAAUAGUCAAUUAUAACUGCUUCAUAAAUAUAA